AUGUGCGGCGUGGAUGCACCAUUAAUACAUAUACCUGGAAAUGGAUUUAUAUCUGGAAAGUAUUUAAAAAUGUACCGAACCCAAAAUAUUAAGGCUUAUUUGGGAAUUCGGUAUGCGCAUGCUGCAAGAUUUUCGCCUCCUGAUGUCGAAUUGCCACCAUGGAAAGGAAUUUUUAACGCAACUUCCUUUGCACCUAGCUGUUGGCAACCAAAACGCACAUCAGAAAGUCCACAUUUGGAUAAAGUUUUAGAAACUAUUUCGGGCGCAAUGUUGACCGAAACUGGAGAAAGAAAAUAUGAGGAGAACUGCUUAAAUUUGAAUAUAUUUGUACCUGACGGAGCACCUGAAGUUGAUGGAUACGCGGUGAUAGUGUGGAUACACUCCGGAAAUUUCUCAACGGGAAGCCCAUACGACAUUGAGCCAUUUCAACUGGUUUUUAAGCAAAAAGUAAUUGUUGUAACGUUUGCAUAUCGGCUUAAUAUUUUUGGAUUCUUCUCAACCGAUGACGGAGAGGCCCAGGGCAAUUACGGAUUAAUGGACCAGUCGGCAGCCCUUUAUUGGGUCAAAAAGAAUAUCAACUACUUUGGAGGUGACGAGAAUCGUAUAACAUUGAUGGGUCAUGAUGCAGGAGCAAUCAGUACAGCAUUACACAUGACAUCCGGGGAAUGGUCAAAGGGAGCUUUUCAUAAAGCCAUAAUAAUGUCUGGAAACCCAUUAAGUUAUGUUCGAAUGCCACAUGAAUUCAAUAAUGAUUUGGAUAAAAUAUCUAACAUUUUUGGAUGCGCCCGUAGGCCAACAUCGAUGCUUAUCCAAUGCCUUAAACGAGUUGAUGCAAAGAUUAUUACGGAAAAUUUACCGUUAGUUGAUUGGGGUCCUAUUGUGGAUUUCGGAUUGAGUAAUACAUCGUAUCCUUUUAUUGAAAACCAACCGGAAAUACUCUUUAAAAGUGGCGCCUAUAACAAUGUUCCAGUUAUUAUUGGAAUUACAGACAUGGAGGAAGUACUUACAAUAUUUAAGGAUUAUAUAUCUUCAGAGUUGACUCCCGAGGAUCUGGAUAACUUUUUCAAUGAUAUAGCACUAACUGAUAUUCAGAAAACAACGGGUAGCAAUGAAUGGUGCAUGAAUUUUCCGUUAAUUUCUGAUGCAAUUUCCUUUAUGUAUUCCGGACAAAGCAAUGACGAAAAAUCCACAAUAAAUACAAAUGUAAUCAAUGCUCAUACUGAAAAAUUCUAUAUAACACCCUUGCAAAUGUUUGUAGAUAUAUUAAGUAAACAUAAUAAUAUUUACACUUAUAUAUUUAAGCAACGCUCAAAGUCUCUAAUUGCUGAUCUUCCAAAUUGGGUUGGAGUUCCCAAAUACUUUGAUCAAAUAUUCGUUUGGGGCUUACCCUAUAUGAACAGAACCGUUAAGUGGAAGCCAACCGAUAAGAAAAUGGCUGAUAUUGUUAUGACCUUAUGGGCCAAUUUUGCUAAAACAUCGAAUCCUACGAAAUCGAACGUCUAUGUUAAAUGGAGUACAAUUAUGCCACCCAAAUAUUCAGUACUACUUAUCGAUGAAACCUUUAACACGGACUAUCUUUCAAAUAAUCAGAGAGUUAUGUUUUGGAAUAAUCUGUAUCCGAAAUUACUACAAUUUGCUACCGAGUGUUGUAAUUCCACAAUUUCAGCUGCAAAUUAUCCAAUCACACCCACAUUUUUCGUAUAUAUAUCUAUGCUAUAUAUAUGCAUACAGAUAUAGAUUCUUAAUUCCAUAUGAUUACAUUUAUAAUACGUUUAUACAUUA